AUGUCACUUUCACAACAUACAGAUAACAUCACAUCGCGCAGUACAAACAGUACCAUCGAAACAAAACGAACAAACAAAUUGGCAAGCGUUGAAGAAGUUAGACAACAGUUGACGAAGGCUGAGGACCAGCUAACGAAGGCGGAGGCUGUAUCGCGGGAGUUCAAGGAGGACGAUAACAGGGGGAAGUGGCUGGAGGAGUUAAACGGGAAACAGCGGAGAAGAGAAAGACUUGAUGAGGACGAGAGAGAAAAGCUGAAGGAGCUCACGGAGGAGAAGAAGAGACUGGAGGGGGAAGUGACCAAGUGGAGUGACGAGGUGCUGAAGAGCAGGGAAGACCUGCGACAGGCGCAGGCUCAGUCAGAUCAUGACAAGCAAGAUAUUAGCACAUCUUUAAGAAACUAUUUCUGUACAUCACUUUCAUCUUUACCAUCAAUACCCAGUUUGAAAGACUACUUAACUCAACCAUUUGAGAAUAAGAUACCAAUUGAAA